UCACCCCGCUCAGCUAUGCAAAGUAUGUGAGCAGCAGCAACAGCAGCAGCAGCCGCGGCGAAGGAGGACGAGUGGCGCGCACGGAGCGUCCAGGCCAUGGGUCGCUCGUGCCAGCCGGGUCACGAAGGGCUGCUGGUCCCGCCACCUUCCUCGGGAGGCCCCCCAGCAGCGCCCCGUCUGCUCGAGGGCAGCCAGUAACCGGAGCAGGCGAGGCGACCGCUAGGCAUGGCUGACCCUCUGCGGAGGACGCUCUCCAAGCUACGGGGCAGGCGGGCGCAGCGAGGGGCAGCCGGCGCGCUGGAAGCCGCCGGGCACCCGAACUGCGGGGGCGACGGCGCCGUUGAGUGUAAAGCCCACAAGAGCCUGCGGCCCCCGGGAAACGGAGCAACGGGAGCGCCGUGCACUCUCCUCGGCAGCCAGACGGGCUGCUAUCGGGUCCUCGUGUCACCCUGGGAAGAACCGAGACUGUCGGAGGCGAUUGCCUGGCCCCAGCGGGGGAAGGCGGCGGUGCCCGGGGAAGGAUCGCCGGGAGCCUCGGUUGCCUGCUCUUGCCAUACUCCGUCUCACCGGGACGGGACAACGCCGCAGCCCCCUAGUCCCCCGGGGCUCCGUGCGCCGCCUCCUCCACCGGCUGAGCCCUGCUUCCCCGCCUCGGUUUCCCCCGGGGGCGCGGAGUGUGGCUCUCCCUCGGCGAGGGCUGGCGGCAGCGAGGAGGAGGAUUACUACGAUAACCAGAGCCUGCCUGACUGGGGCUGCCAAGGAGCGUCUGGAGCGCAGGAAGAGGUGCGCGGAAAGAAGGACGGCGGGGGCGACGCCGGCAGCAGCCACCGGGCCCGGGCGCGGGAGAGCACCGGCCGACUGCGAAGUCAGCUGCAGGAGGCCUAUUACCUCCUGAUCCAUGCCAUGCACGAUUUGCCCCCGGCCAGCCCCUCCGUCGGGGCCCGCUCGCCUCAGCCCGCUGCCACCACUCUGACUAGGGUUGCGGACAGUAGCCCUGCUUCUCACGGGGACGGCUGCUCUGGGCUGCAGCAGGUGGCUCAUCCGGGCUCCCCAGUCUCACCCCGGGGCCCUGCCUGGCGCCAGGGCAUCAGCAAGAGCCUGGAAAGCCUGCUGCCGGCCAAGCCUCUGCCCUUGCCGAGAUGCCGGAGCGACGGCGCGCUCCGCUCCCUGCUCCGAGAGCCGCUGCUGGCGCCCCCGGGCCACCUGCUGCAGGAUUCUGGCACCAAGCGGGAAGCGGGGUUCCCCGCCGCUGCCUCCGGGCGCUCCCUCGGCGACAGCUGCGAACGGUGCCCGGGCGGCCGAAGCGCUUGUGCGGGGCUUCCUUCGGCGCUCGAGGACGGCGGGGAACAGCUUCUGCACCCCAAGUGUGGUCCCGAGCCGGGCUCGGCCCUGAGCGAGGCUUCGGCGUCAGCUGGCACCCUGGGGGAUCCGGCGGCGGGCGGCCACAGCAGCCAGCGGCACCCCCUCGCGGAUGCCCCCGAGGUCCUCUUCAAGCCGCCCGCGGUGACCGUCAGGAAGCUGCAGAAGUGGAUGUACAAAGGCCGCCUGCUCUCUCUGGGCAUGAAAGGCCGUGGCGGUGCAGCUGGGCCUCCUUCCCCGGCUUCUUCCAAGGCCAGCGGGACCCGCGGGCUCCUUCUAGGCAGAGAAGAGGGGCCGACGGUUCCGUCUCCCACCUCCGUGAGGGCGUCGGGCAGCAAAACUCCCGUGUCCCCUUCAGACCAAAGACUUUUGCUCACAGAUUUGAUUGAAAAUGUUUACAUACCCUCUGUGAGCAGAAGAGAACUUAAGAACUUUAAAUCAAGUGAAAUGGCUGAAUGCAAACCUCAAAUUGCUAGCAUCACGGUAUCAAAGAAACGAAAUUGGUUACAUCAGAGUUCUCCAAGAGCACCUAAUUUGGAGAAAGGAGAUUCUUAUAAGCAAGUUUCAGGAGAAACUCACCAGGUACUCAAAUCUCCCGGUCUUUUGCUUGAGCCUAAAAUGCCUCAGACCUUUCCCAAACCUCUAGGGUAUGAAAACCCGAACAGAAUAAAUGAUUCUGCACAUGCUGCUGUGAAUGGAGAAAGCCCUUUGGCACUUCAAAACCAUGCUUUAGAAUUUGGUGAAGAUAAUGAUGCCGAUGAUGAAGGAGAAAUAUGGUACAAUCCUAUCCCUGAAGAUGAUGACCCUGACUUCCCUUGUUUUGUUCAUAAUAAUGCUGACAAUUCAGACUCCCAAGCCAUGAGUUGCAAGAUAUCCUCUGGAAAUGACUUGAUUAAAGUUGCCGUGCACAAUGAAGGUCUUCCGCAGUCUUUCAACUGCACCAGAGAUGCUCAGCCCAGGGAAAUUCGUAAAGUCGAUUGUGUACAUUCCACAGAAUAUUUGCAAGUACAGAAGCCAAAGCCUUCAUGCACUAUUCUGAGUGGGUUUGUAACCGAGGAUAGUUCUACAUUAAAAGGUUCUUCAGGAGGACCUGGAAUUUUGUCUUCAAGCAAAACUGAAAUGGGGGCAGCUGAAUGUUCACCGUCAAGUCCUAACCCUUCGAAAAAGGGUGGUUCAAUAAACUGGUCGUUUCCUGAUAAAAUAAAAUCCCCAAGAACUGUGAGAAAGCUUUCUAUUAAAAUGAAAAAGUUACCAGAGCUCAGCAGGAAGCUAAGUGUCAAAGGAAAUUCAAGCCUUAAUAGCUCAGAUAAUGCUUCUUUGCUUAAAAAUAAUUGUCAAGAUAUAGGCCAUGCAUCAUUGCCCUCUUCUGGGAACAUAACAACAGCUGCUAGCAGGAAUGUUAUAAGCCGGUAUCACCUUGAUAGCAGUGUGUCCUCUCAACACAACUGCAAAAAGAAAAGCAACGGGAGUUCUAAAUCUUCCAGCAAAGGAGGCUACCUCAGUGAUGGUGACUCUCCUGAGCUUAUAACAAAAUCAAGGAAACAUGUAGCUGAAAGCAGGGUUGGGAAAGGAAAAGAAGCAUUCCCAAACAAUAAUGGUAGCAAAGUGGAAAUAGACAUUGAUGCUUUUAGACAUUAUAGCUUUUCUGACCAGCCCAAAUGUUCCCAGUAUAUAUCUGGGCUCAUGAGCAUUCACUUCUAUGGGGCUGAGGAUUUGAAACCACCACGGAUGGACUCAAAAGAUGUCUUCUGCGCAAUUCAGGUAGAUUCAGUUAAUAAAGCAAGGACUGCCUUGCUAACAUGCAGAACAACCUUUCUGGACAUGGACCACACUUUCAACAUAGAAAUUGAAAAUGCACAGCAUUUAAAACUAGUGGUGUUUAGCUGGGAACCCAUGCCAAGGAAAAAUCGGGUUUGCUGCCAUGGGACAGUGAUUCUUCCUGCUCUUUUUCGAGUGACAAAGACUCAUCAGUUGGCAGUAAAGCUGGAACCUAGAGGGCUUAUUUAUGUCAAGCUGACACUUCUGGAACAGUGGGAGAACUCUCUUAAUGGACUAGACGGAGAAAGAGAGCCGGUAAUCUUUGGCAUCGAUGUUCGGAAAGUUGUUGAGAAGGAAAAUAUAGGCUUGAUGGUGCCCCUCUUGAUGAAGAAAUGCAUAAUGGAGAUUGAAAAGAGAGGCUGUCAGGUUGUAGGCCUGUACCGUUUAUGUGGCUCAGCAGCUGUCAAGAAAGAGCUCCGAGAGGCAUUUGAAAAGGAUAGCAAAGCAGUUACUCUCUGUGAAACCCAGUACCCAGAUAUAAAUGUGAUAACAGGUGUCCUCAAGGAUUAUUUAAGAGAACUUCCUUCCCCCUUGAUAACCAAACAACUCUAUGAAGCAGUAUUGGAUGCCAUGGCAAAAAUUCCAUUGAAAAUGACAUCAAAUGGAUGUGAUAAUGACACUAGUGAUUCUGAGCACACAGUAUCCCUCUUGGAUUGCCUUCCGGACAUUGAGAAGGCCACUCUAAGGAUGCUUUUGGACCAUCUGAAACUGGUGGCUUCAUACCAUGAAAUAAACAGAAUGACAUGCCAGAACCUAGCUGUUUGUUUUGGGCCAGUAUUGUUGAGCCAGCGGCAAGAAACUUCCAACCAUAACAACAGAGUGUUCACAGACUCUGAAGAACUUGCUAGUGCCUUGGAUUUCAAAAAACAUAUUGAAGUUCUACACUACCUACUUCAGCUGUGGCCAGUGCAACGUUCAGCUGCCAAAGAAUCUGCACUGCCUGAGCAGCCGUCCUCAGUGAACUAUCUGAGACCUAAGAAGCAACGACCUCAAAUGCUGAACUUGAACGGUGCUGAAAUAUCAGGGAUACUGAGGUCCAGGCCAGCCAGGCUGGAUAGUCCUUCAAGUAACCGCUAUGCUGGAGACUGGAGUGGCUGUGGGGAGAACUACUUCAUAAACCCCAAGGAGGCUGUGAGUGAAGCAGACUAUGAUGAUGUUCCUUCAGAAGAGGCUGAAAGUGGAGAUGACAGCAGAGUGGAUGGUUUGGAUAAACUGACUGAACAACCUGAUUGCAUGUCCAAAAAGCAUACAUUUCAGGCCUACUUGGCAAUGCAAACAAUGGAUUCUUCAGUCAACCACAGAGUAAACCUCAAAGACUUACAGGAAAGCAUUGACACUCUGAUAGGAAACCUGGAACGGGAACUCAAUAAGAACAAACUCAGUAUCCGUUACUAAUAGUAAUCUUCUACACAGUGCCUCUGGUUGGUAUGUCCUGUGCCUUGUUUCUGUCCCAAUAUUUGUUGUGGGUGGGGGGCAAUGAUCAUGCCCUUGAUUGGAGUGCUUGUAUUGUAAUAGCAUUGUUCAGUGGUUAUGAUCCCCCAGUAGGCUUAGUGCCUUCAAUGACCAGUGUUGCUUUUCAUCCUUUUCUUCCCAUCCACCUCGAUUGGUAUGUUUGUGACAUGUCUGUAGAAUUUCCCCUUCCUCUAGGUACUAUGCACUUAUGAAGUUUAGACAGGUUAUGCAAUAUAUGCAAGUCAUCCUCUCUGUCUACAUUACACAGGAAGAGCACUCCUUUUUCCUGAAACUUUAGCCAUGGUAUGGAUGCUCUCCUAGAAGGAGGAUUAGUGUUGCUGCUUGUGUGAUAAUUUGCAGCACAAAUUAUAGGUAGAUCAUGUUCUACCAUAUUUUGACACCUCUUCACUUGCAAUGCAAACGCUGCUAUGAAAAGAAAAUUUUCUAUAUAUAUAUAUAUAUUUAGAAAAAUAUAUAUAUAUACACACACACAUAUAUUAAAAGUUUAAUUGUACAAAUAUUAAUGUAUUCCUGUAUUAACACUUUCCAGCAAUUAUUUAAACUGCAAAAAUUAUAUAUUUUUCUAACUUUGUUUUGUACAUAUUUAUAUAUUAAAAACACUGGGCUUUGAUAAAGCCCACUACAGGUACAACCCUUAAAUUUGAAAGAGUCCCUGUAGGGCAUAGCAUGCUGGUGUUUUUUCUCUCCAUCCAUCUGGCGGAUGCUUGGAUAGAUUGUAUAGACAUGGAACCAGGCAGGUAGGUGAAGUGGGAAGCAUGUCUGGCCUUCUCUUCCCAUUCGGUCAAGAAUACAAGCCCUGCAUGGAGACAGGACUGCUAUAUGUUCUAUAGGAAUAUCUUUAUUCAUAGAUGCCACAGCCUCUGGUAGACCUGGAGUAAGUUCUUUUGUUAUAUAAGUAUUUUUGAAAAGUGGCAUAUAGAUUUCAAUAACAGUACCACUUCUAAUAGAGGUCAGUGUUUUUAUUAUGCCAAAUUAAGGGGCUCCCUGAGCAAAAGUGGGUGUCUUUGCGUAGGGGGGAGUUGAAGAACAUCUGUUGAGCCUGGAGGCUCCGGCUCACUUUCUGAUAUAUUUUUUAAAAAUGUGCAAAAUCUUAACUUGCCAGGAUAAGACAGUGUAUGCUUACCAUCCUAUUGUGCCAUUUGUGCAAUUUCUGCUAAAAGGCCACAGACAGGAAUUUCCAGACAUGUUUUCAAAUUGAGGAAAAUGAUCACUCAUCAGAAGUAGUAAUUUUAUACUGUUUGUAUUGUUUAAAGCAUUUGUUGCCCCCGUAUACAUAUACUGUCCAAAGAUCAGUCACAUUCUGUUAGAAGACCAAGCAGUAAUUCUUACUGAAUCAAAGGAUCUGCUUGUUGCUAAUGCCAAAUGUUCAGAAUUUUUUUAAAAAAACAACAGAUUUGAGGACUGUUCAGAAUUAAAUGUUGAGCAAUGUUCAGAAUUUAAAAAAAACAGAUUUCAGGGCUGACUGGCUGUUUUUGAAUUUUUAAGCCUCAUUCAUUUUCAUUGCUAACUGAAAGACAUAGAUUCCUACGCUGAUAGGACCACAUGCUGUUUCACUGUAUAAUCAAGACCAUUAUUGAUUAGUGUAAUCACUUGUAUUUUGCCUCUACACAUUUUUUCCUGUAGAGAUUUGCAUACCUCAUGUUGGUGAAUAUGGCCAUUACUUUCUUGUCUGGAGAGAAAGAAGUAGCUGCUAUGUACUGAGUUGCAGGGAAUGUGACAGGAAAUAGUUGCAUGGCCUGGACAGACAAAAACACCACAUUGUGGAUAUUGUAAAAUACCCAGAAAAUAGCAAUUGCAACUUACCUUCAACAUAUUCUUAUUCUGAAGUAAACAUUGCUAAAUUCAGUGGAGCACCUCAAUAUGUGUGCUGAUUUGGGGUGAUUUGCAGCCUACCUUCAUGAGUUCAAAUCUGCUGGUAAAGACUAGACAAACACUGAAGCUGAGGCUAUAUGGAAUGUUACAGCAGGCUCAACCACCAGCCUAGAACGCAGACAGUAUAAAUAGUGGCAUUUGGAGGUCACCUCAUGGGAAUAUGCUGUGUGUAUGUAGGGUGAUCAGGUCCUCUGUGUAUACAUCCCACUCAUGCAGUCUAUCGUCCUUUAAUGGAUGCUCAAUCAGAUGGGUGGCAAUCAUGGGGGUGGGGGGGAGGAUGCCCAGGGCCCUCACACCCUGCUGCAAGUAGAUUCUGCACUCCUCCUGGUGCCUUAAUUUGCAUAAAAAUGGCUAGAAGAGAGUCAUGGGACCCACAGUUUAGUCUUUUGCUGGGGCCCGCAGUGUAGUAAAUAUUUUUAUAUCUUGUACAGAUAAAUACAGGCAGAACAUGUAGAAAACAUAAAGCUCACAUCUCUGUGGGAUUUCAUUGAUUUUCUUAAAGCAUUGUCAGUUGGGUAUUUUAGUUUAUGUGAACAAGGAGAGUGCCUUUUUAAAAAAAGAAUGUCUAAAGACUUGAAAAUGUUUGAAGUUUUUGUUCAAAUUUUUCCUUGUUUCUUUAAAUGCCAUGAAAAUUAAAAUUAUUAAGACUAUAAAAUUUAUAGUUUUUCUUGGCAGCUUGUGUUAAAUUAGUAUUGGCAACUUCUCAUCUCUGCCUUUAGAAGGGUGAAUGUGAUAAACCUUUAUUAGAUUUACUCUCAAACAUUUGAUACCUUAGUAGUUAACCAAAGCAGACAUUCUUAUUCAAGUCUCAGUGAAAACUGUUCUCCUUUCCUGUAUAGCAAUAAGACCCAAGCAAUAAAAGUCAUGCAGACUGAUGCUUCAUAAAAAAUGAGGGCCGAGUGUGUAAUGUACACAAGUCGUAUUUUCUGUUUGUGUUUCUAAAGCUAAGUGUAGAAGGGGUUAGUUAUCUUUAAGGAAUGUUUUGGAUCUCAUUCAGCCUCCAUAAUGGGACUGAAUUUUCUCUUGUUUUAGUCCAUUAUCACCGUCUGUUUUUUCCCUGCCCAUGGACCUGAUGUGCUAUUUAAUAUGUACUUGCCUUGCUAUAUAUUGUCUGAUUAUGUUUUAACUAUUUAUUUACAAUUGGAUGGCAGAAUUUAUGUUUGUGAUUUUGCCACCUUUGUUCCCCCUAAAGAAAUGUCAGCAUUUUAUCCAGCAUCAUUUAUUAAUUUAUUAUUAUUACGAGUGUGAAAAAUACACUGUACAAUCAUGGCAAUGUAAUAACAAUGGUACUGUUUGAAAACAUCAAUUUUAACCUGAAGCAUUUAUGGAUAAAUCAGUGAGCUUUUUUUAAGUAUAUGUACAGGAAUUAUGGAUUAUUUUUGAACUAUGUUAAUUCUGAAUAAAACCUGGAUUAAGAAUAAAAAUGGAUUGUAUUUUA